GCCUAAAUUGGACACCGUAAACACGUCCAAUCACAUGACAUUCCAAGGCCUGCCAAUCACAAGAUGGCUGAAGGCUAAAGGUAAAAGUUGACAAAUCAGGAAUCACGUGACAGAGAAGAUGGCUACACAGUGGCGCUCAAGGGAAAGAAAUUACCCAGAAGAGCUUGAGUCUUGGCACCUGGAGAGAGUCACUGUUGAGAAUGAGGACUAUCACCCACUGAAACUCAUCACUGUGACUGAAUCCAAGACUAAAAAAGUGGGGCGAAAAGAGAGCACAUCCUCCAGUUCAUCAUCAAGCUCAUCUAAUUCUGUGGCUGAUCCUCUCAGCAGUGUAUUGGAUGGCACAGACCCUCUGUCCUUGUUUGCAGCAACAACAACAGAGCCAGUCGCAUCAAAUGUGGAAGGCAAAAGAAAAAAGAAUGAGACUGAAGUGUAUGUUGGAAGUGACUUUGAGCCUUGGUCAAGCAAACGGGGAGAAAUCCUGGCCAGAUACACAACAACAGAGAAGCUUUCCAUUAAUCUCUUCAUGGGCUCUGACAGAGGCAAACCUACAAAUACAGGCUCAGCUGUCUCAGAAAAAGUAAGAACAAGACUCGAGGAACUGGAUGACCUUGAAGAGGGAUCACAAAAAGAACUUUUGAACUUAACUCAGCAAGAUUACAUUAGUCGUAUUGAGGAGCUGAACCAGUCACUAAAGGAUUCCUGGGCAUCAGAUCAGAAAGUCAAAGCCCUAAAGAUUGUUAUACAGUGCUCUAAACUUCUCUCUGAUACAACAGUGAUCCAGUUUUACCCGAGCAAAUUUGUGUUAAUUACGGAUAUCCUGGAUACUUUUGGAAAACUAGUAUAUGAACGAAUCUCUUCGAUGUGCACGGAUAGUCGUUCUUUAUUACCUGCAAAUUUCUCUCCGGAAACUGUAAAUGACACUGCCAAAGAGACCUGCCUAAACUGGUUCUUUAAGAUAGCAUCCAUCAGAGAACUUGUUCCUAGAUUCUAUGUGGAGGCAGCAAUACUGAAGUGCAACACAUUUCUCUCUAAGACAGGAAUAUCUGAGAGUCUUCCCCGUCUAACAUCUAUGAUCAGAGGAAUAGGUGACCCCCUAGUGGCAGUGUAUGCCAGAGCGUAUCUCUGCAGGGUUGGAAUGGAAGUUGCUCCUAAUGCAAAAGAAAGUCUUAACCGGAACUUCUUUGAUUUCUUACUUACGUUUAAGCUAAUUCACAGUGACACAGUGCAGAAUCAGCUGGCGGUUCAGGCUGUAGAGAUUCCAAUUUACCUCACACUGUAUUCUCCUGCCAUUGACUGGAUGUUACGGUGCAUUGCAUAUCGUGCUCCAGAGACACUGUUAACAGAAAUGAUGGAACGCUGCAAGAAGCAAGGAAACAAUGCCUUGCUGCUGAAUUCAGUCAUGUCUGCUUUCAGAGCAGACUUUAUUGCAACCAGAUCAAUGGACUUUAUUGGAAUGAUUAAAGAAUGUGACGAGUCUGGCUUUCCUAAGCACCUUCUAUUUCGUUCACUUGGAUUAAACCUGGCUUUGGCUGAUCCUCAUGAGAAUGAUAGGCUUCAGAUUUUAAAUGAAGCUUGGAAAGUGAUCACAAAGUUAAGAAACCCACAGGAUUACAUUAACUGUGCUGAAGUUUGGGUUGAAUACACAUGCAAGCAUUUUACAAAACGAGAGGUGAAUACUAUACUGGCAGAUAUAAUUAAGCACAUGACUCCCGAUCGUGCAUAUGAGGAUGCAUAUCAGCAGUUACAGUCAGUGAUAACAAAGGUCAUUACUCAUUUCCAAGACUUUUCAGUCCUUUUUUCUGUGGAGAAAUUCCUUCCAUUUCUGGAUAUGUUUCAGAAAGAAAGUGUCAGAGUGGAGGUUUGCAAGUGCAUCAUGGAAGCUUUCAUCCGGCAUCAGCAGGAAGUGACAAAAGAUCCAGUGAUACUCAAUGCUCUUCUUCAUGUAUGCAAGACCAUGCACGACUCUGUGAAUGCUCUGACCCUUGAAGAUGAAAAGAGAACAUUGUCUAACUUGAUCAACGGGUUUAUACGAAUGGUCUCCUUUGGACGGGACUUUGAACAACAGCUGAGUUUUUACGUUGAAACCAGAUCAAUGUUUUGCAAUCUAGAGCCAGUGCUUAUCCAGUUAAUCCAUAGUGUGAACCAUCUUGCCAUGGAGACAAAAAAGGUGAUGAAAGGAAAUCAUUCAAGGAAGACUGCUUCAUUUGUCAGAGCUUGCGUUGCCUUCUCCUUUAUAACCAUCCCGUCUCUGACUAGCGUCUUCACGCGGCUCAAUCUGUACCUGCUUUCAGGCCAGGUGGCCCUAGCAAACCAGUGUCUUUCACAAGCGGAUGCCUUCUUUAAAGCUGCAGUAAGCCUUGUUCCUGAUGUCCCAAAGACUAUCAAUAUAGAUGGGAAGAUGCGCUCCUCUGAACCCUUUCUCUUGGAGUUCCUUGCCAAUUUCUUCUCCACGUUACUGGUUGUUCCUGAUCAUCCAGAACAAGGAGUUCUUUUCCUAGUACGGGGUCUUCUAAAUGUCAUAGAAGAUUAUACAUGGGAAGAUAAUAGUGAUGAUAAAGUGCGGAUCUACACCAGUGUGUUACAUCUCCUUGCUGCCUUGAGCCAAGAAAGCUAUUUGUAUCAUGUGAGCAAAGUUGACUCUAAUGAUAAUCUUUACGGAGGAGACACAAAGUUCCUGGCAGAAAUUAACCGACUUUGUGAUACACUAAUAGGACAAAUUUUGGAGCAUCUGAAGACCCUCGGGAAAGAAAAGACGCUGAAACGUCAGAGUUAUUUAGCCUUGCUGAUUUUCAACAGCAUUCUUGCUCAUGGAGAUCUGAGGAACAAUAAACUGAAUCAGCUGGCUGUAAACCUGUGGAAUCUAGCUCAAAAGCAUGGCUUUGCCGACACCAAAACUAUGGUGAAGACCUUAGAAUACAUCAAGAAGAAAAGUAAGGAGCCCGAAUGGAGUCAUUUCAGUGACCUUGCAGCAAGACUUCCUUUACAGUCGAGAACCUAGAACUUCUAGGACCUAGAAGUGAUCAAGCUGUUUCCGAUCAGGUGUCAUCAACUUAACUAAGUCUCAGAAUCUCUUGGGUUUAGGAUUUUGCGAGUUUUAACGCAUGGCCAAGACAGCCUAGGAGGGAGGAGUUACAACGUUUGCCCAGCAACUGAGGUUGUGUUUAUCAAAGGUUUGGCAUCCAACAAUUUGCAAUUGUUUGAUUGUUCCCCUACAAUUUUGUAAAAUAAAUGCUAUUGUAAUACCAAGGGGGUGUUGAAUGAUUUGCAAAUGGUUUUCCCUUUAAGAAAGAGAUGCCAAACUAGGGGCCUCCUAAUGAACUUCUUGACCACCACGCAGCUAGCUGCAGUUGCUAUAAAGUAUUACCUGUUUUUUAAUUGUUUCUGUUGUCCAUUUCAGAUUAAAUGAAACAGUACUGUCCUUAUGCACAGUAAUAUGGCCCAUUUAUUGGAGACUUAAAUGGAGCGUUAAGGCCUUGUUGGUAUUGACUAAGAAUUGUAGCUCUGUAAAGCACAGAUGAGUUAUUGCCAGCUCUUCCUGGUUGUAGUGUAUACAGUUUGUGUAUAUACAGUGCCUUGCAAAAGUCUUCACCUUUAGCGGCAAUUACAGCUGCAAGUGGCUUUGGAUAAGUCUCUGAGCUUGCCACAUUUUGCCACUUGGAUUUUUGCCCAUUCCUCAAGGCAAAACUGCUCCAGCUCCUUCAUGUUGGUUUUCGUUUGUAAACCGCAAUCUUCAAGUCUGACCACAGAUUCUGAAUU